AUGGCGACCGUCCUGCCACCUCCGUCAAAGCGACAGAAGACCGCCGCUGCAGCGCGCGCUCGCGAACAAGUCUCCCCGCCUCCAGCUAUCCCCGAAGGCAUACAGCGCAUCCAAUUCCGCGACGCAGACACCGGCGCCGCACAAGGACCCGUCGUCUCAGUCUCACUAGCAGACCUCUCCCCCAAGAACCUCUCGCUCCUCUUGAACAAUCUGCUCGGCCAUGACGACCCCAAUGACCGCCUGCCGUAUCGCUUCUACGAUCCAUUUGGAGACGGCAGAGAAUUCAACCAGAAGGAUAUAAUUCAAAGAUAUCUAGACGGGAAGACAACGACCGAAGUACAAUUGGAUAUCCCUUGCAGAGCCGAGGCAGUGUUCAAAGUGAAGCCGGUGACGAGAUGUUCGGCGAGUAUCAGUGGGCACGGAGAGUCAAUCUUGACGACUGCUUUUUCACCGGGCACCUCUUCGAGACUAGCGACUGGUAGUGGAGACAAGACUGCAAGAAUAUGGGAUUGUGAUACAGGAACACCUCAACAUACCUUGAAGGGGCACACAGGCUGGGUCUUAGCAGUAGCAUGGUCCCCGGACGAAGGCAUUCUCGCCACAGGAAGCAUGGACAACACCGUCCGACUAUGGGACCCAAUCAAAGGCACUCCCCUCGGCGGGCCCCUCAAAGGCCACACAAAAUGGAUCACAAGCAUAUCAUGGGAACCUUUCCACGCCCGCGAACCAGGCCGUCCGCGCUUCGCCUCGGCCUCAAAAGACUUCACCGUCCGCAUCUGGGACGCUGUAAACCGAAACACAGACAUGGCCCUAACGGGCCACAAAGAAUGCGUCACCUGCGUGAAAUGGGGCGGCCAAGGACAAAUCUACACCGCCUCCCGCGACCGGACUGUAAAGAUCUGGGACGCGACAAAGGGCACCCUCAUCCACACGCUAACCUCUCACGCCCACUGGGUGAACCACCUCGCCCUAUCCACAGACUUCGCAAUCCGCACAGGCUUCUUCGACCACAAAGGCAAAAGAGAAAGUCCAGACUCCGUCGAAGGCAAACGCUCCAAAGCGAAACAACGCUACGACACUGCUCUGGCCACAUCCGGAGGAUCAGAACGUCUCGUCACUGCUUCGGACGACUGUACAAUGUAUCUGUGGGACCCUUCGAAUUCGACAAAGCCUAUUCAGCGUAUGAUCGGGCAUCAGAAACAGAUCAACCAUGUCACUUUCUCUCCGGAUGGGGUUCUCAUCGCGUCUGCCGGCUUCGACAACCACGUGAAACUCUGGCAAGCAAAGGACGGGAAGUUUCUGAAUACUCUGCGAGGGCACGUCGGUCCGGUAUAUCAGUGUGCCUUUUCACCUGAUAGUAGACUACUAGUCAGCGGGUCAAAGGAUACGACAUUGAAGGCGUGGGAUGUUCGAACAGGAACGUUGGCGGAGAAUUUGCCUGGACAUCAAGAUGAGGUAUUCGCAGUGGAUUGGGCACCAGAUGGCGAGAGAGUUGGAUCGGGAGGGCAAGAUAAGGCUGUCAGGAUUUGGCGACAUUAA